AGAGAGAGAGAGAGAGGGGGAGAGAAUGGGUCGGAGUGACGUGGAGUUCUCAGACCCUGGAGCGCACUGACUGUUGUUUCACUUUUUCAGGUGAGCCGCCUGAGAAUUCGGUGCAAUGAUGGCCCACUUGCUAGUUAAGAGUUUCCUCUUUCUGUCCGUCUGUUCACUUGGUUCUGCUAUUAUUUGCUACGUAUGCGACUCUGAUAAUGAUUUGUUGUGUUCGAAGGAGCAUUGUACCUCAAAUUACGAUACCUGUCUGAACGUUACUCAAGUUACCCACAAGUUUUUGCGCCGCUGUUGGACUGAUCGGGAAUGUCAAGCCAAGGCCGUGAAGGCUAAGUACAGUAGGGAUUCAGAUUUCAGCUUCACCUGCUGUAACUGGGACCUCUGCAACUCCAGAAGUGGCAGCUCCAGGGUGGACAGGAACCUCGGCUUGCUGGCUGUCCUAGCUCCUCUUGCUGGAUGGCAUCUUUCCAGGUUCUGAAACUGGACUAGCGUAUGACCACUGCUUGCCACAAAAAACUCCUCUUGAAACAGAAGUCUUGGCAGACACUGCUCACAGCCUUGUAAAGAGGGUCUAAAUGCACUAAAUUGUAUCUAGCCAAUGUAACAUUUGUAACAGUCUAUCGCCUACUGUUCAUUUCUGACAUUCUUCCAUUUGGUAAUUUAAGCCUAGAAGGGGAGGUCACUGUCGUCCUUUCUUCAGAAUGGGAGUGCUCUGGAUGUGUGCUUACCCUCAGGACCUCUCUGCUUCCCUGCGUUUAGUUGAACUUGAAUCAGCACUGCCAACUCUGACUACUUUGCUUUAUCUUCAUAAUGUAUAGUUGUCUGGCCUGGCCACUAUUGCAACAUGGCACCCACACAGCCCAAGGCGGACCUGUUCUAGUGGGUGGUCCCUCACUAAGUAGAUGGCUAUGUUAAUUCUUAAACUGUAGCAGACAAGAUUAAGGACACUGUCUCCGAGUGAUUUGAGCCUUGUCUGAAUCCUGUCUGUGAAACAGCUCCAGAGCUUAUUUAUGUUGCGAUGCAGAUGUUGUGUACAUUAAAUGAAGCACCUAGCUGAUGCCUCUGUAUCCAGUAUUUGACAACUUACUUCAACUGAACAAUAAAAGUUAUCUUUUGGGAUGAA